AUAACCUCCCUUUCAAGCCCAAUCUUCGUUUUCUUUCACUCAUUCUUUCCCGGUGGGCGAUUUUUCUUGCAAGUUACAUAGGCAUUUUCCUACGCCUCUGUUAUAACGCCAUAAAAACACCCUCCACUACCUCCUUCUUUCUUCUUCUCUCACAUCUCUCUCUUCCUCUCUGGAUAACUCUUAUCUGAGUCCGUGAUGAUCAGAAACUAAUCGUCCUUUGAGUGAUGGGAUCGUGUGCUUCAGUCCACAGAAACUCGGAGGCGGACAUGAAACUCCGGUUGUCAUUCGUGUCAAAGACUGAGAAUCUGAUGAUUCCACCGUCGCCCAUUAAGGAAAAGCACGAUAAUGACAACUUUCGAAUCGACGAUAUCAAGUCUCAGUGGUCGCCGACUCUGUCAACCACUGCCUUCAAAGUCGAUUACGGUAGCAAAGAGGAAACGUUUUUUGACUCCAAGCCCUGGUUAGACUCUGACUGCGAAGACGAUUUCUAUAGUGUGAAUGGUGAGUUUACUCCAUCUCGUGGCAACACUCCAGUUCACACCUUUGGGACCCCUAACCUGGAUAAAUCCCCUUUUGAGAACAUAAUUCCUGGUUCUACACCUGGACUACCUCCACCUGGAAAGAAAAAGAACUUGUUGGAGCUUUUUCGAGAUAGUAUUAGAGAUGAUCACUAUCCUGAUCUAAACCUCUCAGGUAUUGAAAACAUGGCCAAUGGGAAGACGGAAGGAAAGCCAAGUUUAAAUGACACUGCAUCAAAAUCUUCAGGAAGCACGCCUUAUAUCUCAGGGACUAACUCUGUGUCUGCCAGUGAAAGAAUCCCAAAUGGGGAUACUGUAUCAGCUAAAGAGAAAUCAGUGAAAUCGAUGCAGGGCUGCCUUCCAAGCUUGGUUUCAUGCCGUAGCUUCAGUGAGAGGAAGAGGAGGAUGAGUCCUGCUGUAGCAGCCAAUGGAAAAGUUUGAACCUUGUUGAAAUCUGAUGACAAAUAAAGUGUCUUACUCACUGAAUACUUUGACUGUUUGAUAGUGUAUAUCUUAAGGUCUAAGUGUAAAGAACCCUGAAGAUAUGAGUUGGCAGCCUGUACAUCUUAAGAGGAAGAGAUUCUCUAUGCCUAUAAGCUUAUGGUAUUUUGCUGUCAUUAUCAAUCUAAGUAGUUAUCUUUUACAA